AUGGAGUGGUUAAAUAUGUUUAAUUGGUUGGCAUAUAGUGACUUAAAAAAAGGCGGUUUUUGUAAAUACUGUGUGCUGUUUCCUCCUAGUGGUGGUGGUAAAAGUAAUCAGCCAUUAAGAGCAUUUGUGACAGAACCAUUUGUUAAUUAUAAAAAAUGUUUAGAAUUGUUAAGAAACCAUGGAUAUACUGACUAUCAUCAACUUUGGAUUGAAAAAGGAUCUGCAUUUUUACAAAAUUUCAACGCAGGAAGUUCAAAAUCUAUAAACAUUAUGAUUGAUGACAAAACCAAAAAAAAUGUGGAAGCUAAUAAACAACGGUUGACUUCUAUCAUUAAAACUAUUGUAUUUUGUGGUCGAAACAAUUUAGCUCUUAGAGGACAUAGAGAUGAUGGGUCUCUCAAUCCUGAAACAGCAAUUAUUGGAAACGAAGGAGUAUUUAGAAGUCUUUUAGCAUUUAGAGUAGACUCUGGUGACCAAAUUUUAGCAGAACAUUUAAAAACAAGUAAUAAAAAUGCUACAAUGAUCAGUAAAACUAUACAGAAUGAAUUAAUUAAUGUACUUCAUCAAGUGGUUGUUGAGGGUAUAGUAAAUAACAUAAAAAAUAAUAUUUAUUUCUCAAUUUUGUGUGAUGAGACUACAGAUGUCAGUACAAAAGAACAUAUGUCUUUAUCUAUCAGAUAUGUUGACAUGGAAGAAUUUAAAAUCAAAGAGGAAUUUAUUGGAUUUAUAGAACUAAAUUCAACAACUGGGUCAGCAAUAAAAGAUGAAAUUUUAAAACAAAUUGAAAAAUUUGGUUUAGAUUUAACUAACGUUCGUGGUCAAGGAUACGACGGAGGGUCAAACAUGUCUGGUCGGUACAACGGUGUCCAAGCUUUGAUACUUGAAAAACAACCUUUAGCAAUUUACAUACAUUGUUUUAGCCAUGGGUUGAAUUUAUGCAUAUCAAAAGUUUGUGAACUUCCUUCAAUUAGAAAUAUGAUUGGUACUGUAGGUUCUGUUUCAGUUUUUUUAUCUUCGUCUGCUAAACAGGAAUUAGAAGAAGAAACUGAUCGGGAAAUAUCAGCUAAAUCAACAAGUUUUAACUCUAGUAUAAAAAGAAGUGAUUUUCUUAUUAGCCUAGAAACAGUUGCUAAUCUUUUUUCAUUUACAAAAACCUUGAGUAUUCAACUACAGAGUCCAAAACAAGAUUUGUCAGCAUAUCAAGCAGCAACUUUAGUUGGGGAAGAAAUAAAAAUUCCACGAGUAUGUGGCCGGCAAACAAAAAGAGCCAAGCCAAAUACAUCAAGUCCUGAGGAGUGGUUUAGAAUUACAAUUUUUAUUCCAUUUAUUGAUCAUUUUAUUAUUGAGUUAAAAACAAGAUUUAAUGACAGAUUUAAAGAAAUUAUACCUUAG